UUUCUUUUUUUUUUUUUGCCCGGCUCCAUCACCAACAAAAUAAAGCACAGUAACCAAGACAGAGUUAAUAAAUAAGAACAGUAUUGAUUUCAGAUCAUUUCAGUGUUAUUCUGUAUUUCCGUGUAAAUAGUUCCAUUUCAAGUAUAGACUAAUUUGACAUUGUCGAAUUAGUUUCAUUAUAGAAUACUUGCCCUUAAUUAUAUAUUCAUUAUUUCAUAAAUUGUAUUAGUACAAAAUAUCAUGUUUGCACGAGGAUUAUUAAGAUCAGCUACAUUAGCUAGAACGAUUAUAUCUCAUCAAAGUAAGAUUGGUAUAAAUUCCAGUAGUAGUAGUGUUAUUAAAAAUCACAAAUUUAUUCAAACUAUUGGUUUACGAGGUUUUCAACAAUCUCUGAUCAAUAAUCAUGGACAUCUUCAUAAACCAAAACCUGGUGAAGAACUUCAUAUAACAUUUAUUACAAAAGAUGGUCAACAACAUACUUAUGAAGUUGCUGAAGGUGAUAAUAUUCUUGAUAUUGCUCAAGCUCAUAAUUUAGAUAUGGAAGGUGCAUGUGGAGGUUCAUGUGCUUGUUCUACUUGUCAUGUAAUUGUUGAUCCAGAAUUUUAUGAUGAAAUACCUGAACCAGAUGAUGAUGAAAAUGAUAUGUUGGAUUUAGCAUUUGGUUUAACUGAAACUUCCAGAUUAGGUUGUCAAGUCCAUAUGACUAAAGAAUUGGAUGGAAUUAGAGUUGCUUUACCUGCUAUGACUCGUAAUUUACAAUCAAAAGAUUUCAAUUAGUUAAUUAAUAUUAGACUUUUAUUAUUUAUUCAUAUAAUCAAAAUUAUGCCUGUAAAUAGAUACAUGAAAAAAGAAUAUAUAUACAGU